UAUUAUGUUUUGUGCUUGCCAAUCCGUCAUACGUCAACGACCAACGACAAUUGUGAACGUCAACUAACUUGGGAUAUUUACAUCUACAUUCCAUGAUGGCAAUAUUUGUGAAAUUUUCGUAAAGGUGAUAAACUAAUAUAUUUUUGAAAUGAUAAUGUCCUCGGCAAACAUGUCUCAAAAUAAUUCAUACUCAAACGAUCGUGGUUUUGAUGCAGAUUAUGUAGUAGAUCCAGCAUCUGGAGGCUUCUUUCAUGCAGACUUCAAAAGGCACGAUGAUCUCAAGGAAAUGCUGGACUCAAAUAAAGAUAACUUAAAGCUAGAAGCUAUGAAAAGAAUCAUAGGGAUGAUAGCUAAAGGAAGAGAUGCAUCUAUGCUAUUCCCAGCAGUUGUGAAAAAUGUCGUCUCAAAGAAUAUUGAAGUGAAAAAGUUAGUAUAUGUCUACCUGGAAAGAUAUGCUGAAGAACAGCAAGACUUGGCUCUCUUAUCUAUAUCAACUUUCCAACGAGCUCUGAAGGAACCAAACCAGUUAAUACGAGCAGGAGCUCUAAGAGUGUUAUCUAGCAUACGAGUUAAAGUAAUAGCACCAAUUGUGAUGUUAGCAAUAAGAGAUGCAUCAUCUGAUAUGUCACCUUAUGUUAGAAAAACUGCUGCUCAUGCUAUCCCUAAGUUAUAUAGUUUGGAACCUGAGUUAAAAUCCGAACUGAUAUCAAUAAUUCAAAAACUACUAGCAGACAAAACAGUGCUAGUGAUAGGUUCAGCAGUAAUGGCAUUCUCAGAAGUGUGUCCAAAAGGGUAGAUUUGAUCCAUCAAGUUUACAGGAAGCUUUGUGCCUUGUUAGUGGAUGUUGAUGAAUGGGGCCAGGUUACAAUUGUCAAUAUGUUAACACACUAUGCCAGGACACAAUUUGCUGACCCAAAUUUACAUAAUACAGCUAAUGAAUCGGACAAAGAUUCUUAUGACUCAAACUCUGAGUUGUCGGAUAAACCUGUCCCAAGCUUGGACCCAGAUCAUCGUUUAUUAUUGCGUUCAACACGUCCGUUGCUGCAGUCGAGGAAUGCAGCUGUUGUGAUGGCAGUUGCACAAUUGUAUUAUCACUCAGCACCCGCCAGCGAAGCUCCACUGGCUGCCAAAGCAUUAGUUAGGU